AUGGCUGAUUGGAGUAAUGCUCAAAUUCGUAUACUAAUUAAUGAACGCAGAAAUAGAAAUGUGGAGUUUCAUAACCUUGGUAGAAAUCGGAUAAAUUUUUGGGAGAGUAUUGCAAUAAAAAUUAAUGAAGAGCAUAAUACAUACUUUAAUGGCUACCAAUGUAAAAAGAAAUUUGAUAAUCUUGUCCGAGAUUAUAAUUUGAUGUGUAAAUUUUUGGCCGGAAAUGCAAGAGGUCGAAGAACUAGAAAUGGAAUGUUAUAUUAUGAUGAAUUUCAAUCACGUUUUUGGGAAAGAUCUGAAGAUGAGUUUGAUAGAAUCCAUUUAGCUAAAUUAUUCGAAACUCUUAAUUUUGAUGCUAUUAGGCGUUAUGCCAAUGGAGAGAAGAUAGCUUCACAAGGUGACCGCAAUAUUUCUAUGCUUAUUAGAUCGAUCAUGGAUAAAAAAAUACAAGUCAAAUUACGUGUACUGCUGGCUAUAGUGAAGCCGGAAAUUUAUCAACGGAUUGUAGCUUCAAUGACGGCUCCUAAUACUGAUAGCUCAGAAGAUGAUGCUUCCUCAUCUGAUAAUGAAGAUGUGCCUCCUAUCUAA